GUCGUAAGCCUUCGUACCAAAUACAUGGCGCUAGACAUCAUCGAAACGGAAUUGUUACCAUCAGACGUGAUCAAAAUUAAAUUCUACAGGCCACCGAAUUUGAAAUAUCUAUCUGGUCAAUGGGUUCGCCUUUCUUGUACCGCGUUCAGGUCGAACGAAUUUCAUUCAUUCACCCUGACUUCUGCACCGCACGAGAAUUUCCUCUCGUGUCACAUUAAAGCACAAGGGCCAUGGACUUGGAAAUUGCGUAAUUACUUCGAUCCCUGUAACUACAACCCGGAGGACGAGCAUCCGAAAAUAAGAAUAGAGGGACCAUUUGGUGGUGGAAAUCAAGAUUGGUACAAAUUCGAGGUCGCUGUGAUGGUCGGCGGUGGUAUUGGUGUCACCCCUUAUGCUUCCAUGUUGAACGACCUUGUGUUUGGAACCUCCACGAAUAGAUACUCCGGUGUCGCUUGUAAAAAGGUUUAUUUCCUAUGGAUUUGCCCUUCUCACAAGCACUUCGAAUGGUUCAUCGACGUGCUGAGGGACGUCGAAAGGAAGGAUGUUACAGACGUGUUAGAAAUUCACAUAUUUAUUACGCAAUUCUUUCACAAGUUCGAUCUACGCACAACCAUGCUGGUAAGUUGUGCAACAAUUAUAACACUUGUUGAAAUUAUUCCUCUAUACACAAAGUUGAGUGAUAUCUCUCUGUUGCAGUAUAUUUGUGAAAACCAUUUCCAGAGGCUAUCUAAGAAAAGCAUAUUCACUGGUUUAAAAGCGAUAAAUCACUUUGGCAGGCCCGAUAUGACUUCGUUUCUAAAGUUUGUUCAGAAAAAGCACAGCUACGUUAGUAAGAUAGGAGUAUUUAGUUGUGGACCACGUCCUCUAACGAAGAGCGUGAUGUCAUCCUGUGACGAAGUGAAUAAAGGUCGCCGUCUACCGUACUUCAUUCACCACUUCGAAAACUUUGGCUAG